UUUUGUUUUUUUUUUUUCCUUAAAUUCACAUAAAGAUGAAUAAGAUUCCAAAUGAGCUUCAACCUGCUUUAAAGACGAUGUUACGAGCUUAUGGUGUAGGUUGGUCGAUAACGACUAUUCCAGGCAUUUUAUCUAUUCUUAUUAAGACUUUAUUUCUUGCAACAAAAAAAGACAAUCGAUCGACUACGACUACUACUGCUACUAUUCUUCAAAAAGCUCUUUUUAUCAGUCUGCCUCAGCUUUUAAAAAACAGUAUCACACAGAAUGGAUUCCCUCUUUUAUUAGUGGGUUCGUUAGGGGGUCAAAGGCUCUUGCGCUAUUGGUAUUCAUCCAUUAUAAAAAAGAAAAAAAAGGUGUCGCAAAGGGCUGCUAUUUUCUGGUCCUCCCUGAUUACGAUUGUUAUUAUUCGUCGUUUAUUUCCAAAGACUAAGACAUUGGAUUUAACUUUUUUCGUUCUUGUACGUGCACUUGAUGUCUUUGCUCAUCGUAUUUAUGUUUCUGCUAAAGUUAGACAAAAGAUGCCAGAAUGGAUACUGGAAUAUGGCAAUAUCUUUAUUUUCAUGCUGGCAAGCACUGAAAUCAUUUUCUCUUGGUUUUAUGAACCUGAAAGAUUGCCAAAAUCUUACGCGAAAUGGAUUACAAAUAUGUCAGGUAUUGAUACUAGAUUAUUAGAAACACUUCGAGCGAUUCGAAAUGGCAACUGGAUAUAUGGUAAAGAUACUGGACUGGGAUAUUUAUUAAGUGAUUAUUGUGCACAAUUAGGUUUACCUCGAUCUUUUGGUGAUCCUAUUUAUGGUAGAAUCGAUUGUACUGUUAUUCAUGAAGGCAGUCCCUAUGGCUGUGAAGUGAAUGCGUUAUAUCGUUUCUAUAAAGGUUUUGUUAAAAUAUUUCCAGUAUAUCUCUCAGUUCAUCUAUUGCCAACUUUAUUUUUUCAAACAUCACGUUUUAUUCAAACACCUAUUCAAACGAUUUUACGUGUUCUUUUGGCUUCAACUCGUUCCUCUACAUUUUUGGGAACCUAUAUUGCCAUCAUUUGGUACAGUAUUUGUUUAGUAAGAACGCGUUUAGGACAUCAGGUAUUUAAGAUCAAUCAGACAAGGCUAGAUAACACGCUAUCACCCUUGGUGGGUAGUAUGUUAUGUGGCCUUUCACUUUUAGUUGAAAGUAAGCAUCGUCGAGGUGAAAUGACACUCUAUGUCGUUCCACGUGCCCUUUUUUCAUUCACAGAAAGAAUCUUAAGUCCUCACCAAAAGGGAAGAGGGUGGGAAAAAGCUGCUGCUGAAAUUGCUGAAAAUCUUACCUUUGCUACCUCUGUGAUGAUCGUUCUUCAUGCUGUUUAUCAAGACCAAUUUAUGGUCAGACCUUCUGUACGUGGAUUAUUAUCAUGGAUUUUGAAAGAUGAAUUAAAGCAAGAACAGAUGAAAGACAUGAGUGACUAUUAUCCUUCAGGUGACUCAACACCUAUAGAUGAUAAAGAUGAAAUUCAAUUAGAGAUUACAAAAAAGGAGUCUAUCGUGCUCUAGUAUACAACUCUAUCUACAUUAUAUAUACAUUAUCAUUAAACGUCACUAUUUUAUUAUAAUUCACAUAAUACAGCGAAUUUACUCUGAGCUGAAUAUAUUGAAACCUUUUGGAUACAAUGCAUACACACAAAAGUGAAUAGCUUCUUUCUUAAACAGAUAUCAUUUUAAUAUCUUACUGAAGAUUUUUGUUUAAAUAAACUUGGCUUAGUAAAUAAAUAAU